AUGUCUGACUACGGCGAGUCAUCCAAUGAAGUGGUCCAAGAACCCAUGGAAACCGAUCCUCCAAAAGUAGAGGCAGAAGAAAGCGAAGUGAAAAUGGAAGAGGAUAAUGACCCAGCGACUUCGGAAGCUGCGGAUUCUUUUAAAAGAUUCGAGAAAUUGCUUCAAAAAACUGAAAAUUUCUCGCACUGUCUCUCUUCUGGUGAUGCUAAACUUGCUGAAGCACCAAGCACUAGCAAAAAACGGGGAAGAGCUCCAAAGAAGAACGGAGUUGACGGAGAUCAUAGACAUCGUAAAACAGAGCAAGAAGAAGAUGAAGAAAUGGUCGCAGAUGCCGACAAGGCUGAUGAGCUUGUGGUUUUUGAUAAGAGUCCUUUUUAUAUUGAAAACGGAGAGAUGAGAGAUUACCAAGUCCGAGGUCUGAACUGGCUCGCAUCUCUUCAACACAACAAUAUAAACGGAAUUUUGGCUGACGAAAUGGUAUUUUUCAAAGGUCUUGGUAAGACACUUCAAACGAUUUCCCUUCUCGGCUACAUGAAGCACUACAAGAAUCAAGCAUCUCCUCAUCUUGUCAUUGUUCCUAAGUCUACUCUCCAAAAUUGGCUCAAUGAAUUCAAUAAGUGGUGCCCAUCCAUCAAUGCUCACAUUCUCAUCGGUGAUGAGGCUGCAAGAAAUGUGACCUUGCGUGACGUAGUUCUUCCUCAAAAGUUCGAUGUAUUGUGUACCACAUAUGAAAUGAUGCUCAAAGUCAAGACGCAAUUGAGGAAGCUCAAUUGGAAGUACAUCAUCAUUGAUGAAGCUCAUCGCAUUAAAAACGAGAAGAGCAAGCUUUCCGAGACUGUCCGCGAGCUCAAUUCGCAGAAUCGACUCCUUAUAACAGGAACCCCUCUCCAAAAUAACUUGCACGAGCUGUGGGCACUGCUGAACUUUUUGUUGCCGGAUAUCUUCACUUCUUCAGAAGACUUCGAUUCGUGGUUCUCGAGUGAGGCGAUGAGCGGAAACAUUGAUUUGGUACAGCGCCUACACAAGGUUCUCCAACCAUUCCUCCUUCGUCGUAUCAAAUCGGACGUCGAAAAGUCUUUGUUACCAAAGAAAGAAGUCAAAGUAUACGUUGGUCUCUCAAAGAUGCAAAGAGAAUGGUACACCAAAAUUCUUCUGAAAGACAUCGACGUCAUCAACGGAGCUGGAAAAGUCGAAAAGGCUAGGCUUAUGAACAUUUUGAUGCAUCUUCGAAAGUGUGUGAAUCACCCGUAUCUAUUCGAUGGGGCGGAGCCUGGACCGCCAUAUACCACUGAUCAGCAUCUCGUUGACAAUUGUGGAAAAAUGGUAGUUCUAGACAAAUUGCUCAGUAGACUACAAGAGCAAGGGUCGCGAGUGCUUAUCUUUUCGCAGUUCUCGAGAAUGCUUGAUUUGCUCGAAGAUUAUUGCUGGUGGCGUAAAUACGAGUACUGUCGUCUCGACGGAUCAACAGCACACGUUGAUCGAACUUCAGCCAUCGAAGCCUACAAUGCUCCAGACUCCAAAAAGUUUAUUUUCAUGCUCACCACUCGUGCUGGAGGUCUUGGAAUCAACUUGGCAACCGCUGAUGUGGUCAUUAUUUAUGACUCGGAUUGGAAUCCUCAAUCCGAUCUCCAGGCAAUGGACCGAGCUCAUCGUAUCGGACAAAAGAAACAAGUGAAAGUAUUCCGUUUGAUCACUGAGAACACUGUCGACGAUCGUAUCAUUGAAAAGGCGGAGGCGAAGCUUCGUCUCGAUAACAUCGUUAUUCAACAAGGACGCAUGACUGAGGCUUCUAAAACACUCGGGAAAAAUGAUAUGAUCAGUAUGAUCAGACAUGGAGCUGAGCAAGUUUUUGCUGCUAAAGAUUCUACUGUUUCUGACGAUGACAUCGAUACUAUUCUCUCGAAAGCAGAAACCAGAACUGCUGAAUUUGAUGAAAAAAUGGGCAAGAUCGAUGAAAACAAUCUUCGAAAUAUGACAUUCGAAGAUAACACGAAGUUUACUCUUUAUCAAUUCGAAGGAGAGAAUUACAAGGAAAAACAGGCAGAACAAAUGGGUCAUUUCUGGAUCGAGCCACCAAAGAGAGAACGCAAAGCUAAUUAUCAGGUGGAUCUCUACUACAAGGAAGCAAUGAGAGCCGGAAAUCCAGCUGAGAAGCAAUCCAAGGCACCCCGUCCAAAGCUCCCACAAGUAUCUGAUUUCCAAUUCUACCCACGUCGUCUGUUUGAAUUAUUGGACAAAGAGAUUUAUCAUUAUCGCAAGACAAUUGGAUAUGUGGUAAGUUUAAAUAACAAAUUAGCUGAAAGACCAAAAGACGUUCCAGCAAAGGAGGCUGAAAAACGUCAGGCAGAAGAACAAAAGUUGAUAAACAACGCUCGUCCACUUACCGACGCCGAACAAGAAGAGAAGGCUGAGCUGUUGACCCAGGCUGUCACUGAUUGGACAAAACGCGAAUUCCAGCAGUUCAUCAGAGGAAACGAGAAGUUCGGCCGUGAUGACCUGGAAAGCAUCGCCAAGGAGAUGGAACGUCCUCUGGAAGAAAUUCAGGCAUAUGCCAAAGUGUUCUGGGAGAGACUUGAUGAACUUCAAGAUUCGGAGAAACUUGUCAGUCAGAUCGAGAAAGGAGAAGCUCGCAUACAGCGUAAACAUGCUGUUAAGAAGGCGCUAGACGCAAAAAUAGCCAAGUACAAAGCUCCAUUCCAACAAUUGCGUAUUUCGUACGGUACCAAUAAAGGAAAAACGUACACUGAGGAAGAGGAUCGCUUCCUGGUUUGCGAGACUCAUCGUUUGGGUUACGAUAAGGAGAAUGUGUUCGAAGACUUGCGUCAGUCAGUCCGAAUGGCUCCACAAUUCAGAUUUGACUGGUUCUUGAAAAGCCGUACAGCAAUGGAGCUCCAACGUCGUUGCAACACUCUCAUCACCUUAAUCGAACGUGAGAUGGGAGAAGUUGCCGAAACAAAGCCCGUGGUUGCUGCUGCAGCCGACAAGAAGAAGGUAGCUGUCAAGGAUCCUGCGAAGAGCGGAGUUCCCGCCGCAAAGAAGGCAAAAACUUCUGCUAAGUAA